CAACCGCAAGCGCACUCAGGCCUUGCCGCCGCAACUGCAUCCGCGAGGGGUCCGAUUCAAUGGCCCCAGGUUCAUCAAUAACGCACCUUGGGCGGUUCGACACGAUACUACUGGGGGACUUCGCAUCGAUGCUGGCGCUUCAGGGUCUCUGCCUGCUAUUCAUGAAGUCGCUGCGCCAUAUCCGAACGUCGCGCCCGGCUUCAACCCGAACGGUGGUCAGCACUUCGCUCAACCUGAACCUCCACAUGCUCCUAGGGUCGCCAACAUGCUUCGCUUCCAGCGGAUUCCCCCACGCUUUGCUCAGGCUGCCUCGGGAUCGGGUUGGGCCUCGACUGCUCAGACUGGUGCUGCUCAGACUGCUCAGACUGUGACGGCCAAUGCUACUCCUGCUCAGACUGCUCGUACUGCUGGGAAUUCUAAAUCUGGGGCAGCUCGAUCUACCACUCGUACUGCACUCUCGGAGGCCUCUAACGCUGCAUCCUCCCGGGCCGCUGCGAGCGAAGUGACAGUGAAACAAGAAGCCACGGACGACUCUCGGGCUCUCAGAGUCGCCGGUGCCCUCGCCGCGAAGGAGAACCUGCCGCCACCCCGCUCUGGGACUGAGGCCGACUCGGGUGCCCGCAACGGGGUCACGACAGGACUGGGAGAUGCUUUCAGUAGUGCUAUGGCCGCCAUGGUCGCUGCAGCAGAGGCGCGCAUAGACGAACUCGAAGGGAGGGCCACCAGGAUGAGGCGGCGCGCACGACGGAGCGGGAAGAGCGCCUCGCUCGGCGCGAGGCCGAGUUCGCAGCGAGGCAAGCGGCCUCGCGCGGAUGAAGGCGAUGUGGACGCGCGCUCAGGGCCAGUUGUUGGACGCGAGGACGCAGGUCACGGACUCACGGAGCGACCUGGAGGAGACGCGGGCCCAUCUGGCGGAGACGCAGAACAACCUGGCUCACGCACGGACCAGCUGACAGAUGCAGGGACCCGGCUGACAGGCACACUGACCCAGCUAGCGCACGAACGGAGGCGAUUGACAGACGCACGGACCCAGCUCGCAGAUACGCAGACACAGCUGGCUGACACACAGGCCCAGCUCGCAGAUGUAAAGGCGCAGGAUGUACUGGUGCAGGCGCGCCUUACCGGGGUGACCACAGAAACGGAGCUGCUUGCGCAGGAGGUAGCCGCGCUUCGAGCGGACCUUGCGCGGGAGCGGGAGAACCACGACGCCGAACAGCGAGUUGCGCAGGACACGAUUGCUGGUGAGUUUGUCUGCAGAGUCGGCGAAGAUCUGUCCUGACUUCCGUUAGUGCUGCGAGCGGAUGCAGCGCGGCUGGAGCUUGAGGCAGCCCAAACUGCCACUGGUGAGCACGUAUUCAUGUUUCCGAGAGGUGCUGCUGAUACGGCGUACUACUGGCGGCGGAGGCUCUCCGUCAAUCGGAGCUCAAGCUGAGGUUGAUAAUCGACUGCUCGUGGAGCUUAAGCUGGAGCUUGAGGUCGACAGACGACUGCUCGUGGAGAGAAACGCGCAGGGUGAGUGAGCACACGAUCCCUCGUGCUUUCGUGUAUGCUGAUGCGCCCGGCGACUGGCGGGUAGCGCUGGGCAAGACAUUCGUCCGGACAAAGUUGGAUCUGCUCGCCGAAGGAUCUUGUAAGUCGUUCUAGGCGACGCGGCCGCCCCACUGGAGUGCUGACGACGGACGGACCCGGAUAGCCCUCCGCGAGCAGGUCGAGGCG